GCACUAGCUAGCGAGAUCCUAUUGGCGCGUUGUAGUUUAUAUUUGCACAUUUAGUGAUGUGCGCAAACUCAAUUCGACCUUGAACUCCUAAACAACGCAAGUGUCAAGUCUACAAAUUCGUGCACUGUGUUCGUAACAGAUUGUAGUUUUGGGAACAGAAAAAUAUUUUGAGAUCAGAUGUUUAAUCGAUGACAAAAUUAGCAGAAUGACGGCUCAGUUUCACCUAGUUCCAUACUUUCCCACUACCCGCGACUGGACUUCCUCUCACUACCAUAUUUGGUGGUGAGAAAACGUUUUAAACGGAUGCUUCAGCUUUAUAGCCACUGUGACGUGUCUGGGUUACCCCUUCUGUCUGUCGUUUAACAGUCUGUCGGAGGCAAAUCAAACUAAAACCAAGCACAAACAUGUCUGGACGCUCGGUUCGCGCUGAGACACGAAGCCGUGCUAAAGAUGACAUGAAGAAGGUCAUGGCGGUCAUUGAGAGGGUCAGAAGAUGGGAGAAGAAAUGGGUGACUGUCGGGGACACAUCUUUGAGGAUAUUCAAAUGGGUGCCAGUGGUGGAUACAAAGGAAAAGGAGAAGAGUAAGGCAGUCCCGGUUGGGGCAGUCAGGGAGCUGAAUUGCUUCUCCACAGAUCCAGCCUCAGAAAACCCACACUCAAGUCUUUUGGAUUUUCAUGAUGAGAACAGUAACCAGAGCUCCUUGUCUGAUGUGUACCAGCCCAAAGUGAACAGCAGCAGUAACUCCAGCCCCCAGCUCAGUGAACCUCUUAGCCCGAAGAAUCUGUGUGACUUCCGCACAGAUGACUCCCAGCCCCCCACUCUGGGCCAGGAGAUCAUGGAGGAUUCGUCAUUGCCAAGUGAAUUGGCUGACGAACCUCCUUUGCUGAUUAAAGAGGACCUGUUGCCCCUCACUGCUCAGGAGGAGGACGAGUGUUCUGGAGCGCCACCACUGAAGAGAGUGUGUUUUGAGCAGAACUCAGUCCUGCAGAGCUCCCCCAUGAUGAGCUCCUCCAUGACGACCUAACACACACUGCAGUUAGCAUCCGGGUCGGGUCCAAUUCACUUAAGGCAUUUUGUUGAAUCUCGUUUUGUGAUUUGGAAAAAUUAUCGUUUUCAAUGAGGACACUUCUGGUUCACGAAUUGAACUCUCAACAAACUUCCUGAAUUUGAAUUGAUUUGAACCCGGCCCUGCUUAGCUUUUAGUCAGCGAGUUGCACGACCACCAGUCUAUCCUCCGAUGACUGCAAUAGACACCAUUUUAAGGACCACCAUACUUGUUAUGAUGAUAUAUUGAAUUAAGUUUCUCCCUCAAAGGAUUUACAAAUAUGUGUUUAGUUUAGCCUAUUUUGUUUUGAAUGGAUUAACAGCCAAAUACAAAAUCAAAGCACCCUACCACAGAUAGAACAAGGAGACAGAUAUUUCACCGGAUGUAUAACUGUGACGCAUCCAUUUGGCGUUUCCACUCACUACCCAAUAUGGUAGUGAGAGGAAGCCGAGUGGCCAGCAGUGGGAGAACAUGCAACAAGAUGGACUUUGGCUGACAUUCUGCAUAUUUACUCAUCAAUGAAACAUUUGAUCUCAAUUACAAUUUUCUGUUCCCAAAACUAGAAUCUGUUAUGAACAGAGUUGACUACGUUUUGUAGACUUUAAUCUUUGCCAAAGUUGUAAAAAAUGGCAUUGUUUAGGAGUGCAAAGCCAAAUUAAGUUAUUGCACACGCGCACUUCACAGAGUAGGCGUUCCCUAAAAUAAAUAUGCAGUUGUUUGCUAGAACAGGCUAAUAGGAUCUUGCUAGCUCGUGCUUGGCUCUGCCUACCUCCUUUCUUGUUCUUCCCACAAUGACUCAUUUGUUCCCAUUGGAAACGACAGGCUGUGGUCUAUCUUGGUUUAGUUAUACAAAUCUUUGACUCUACUACAGCACUCUACCGAAGUAGUGCAGUCAGGUAGGUUAUAGAUGUCUGUCCUUUUAUUUUCUUGGAUUUGGGAAAUACCGUCUUCUGUCUCCAAAAUGUAACUUUUCGCAUAAUCUAUUUGAAUGCAAAAUAAUGAUGGGCCAUUUAUGAAGUAAUAGGUGAAUUCAGCUAUGGUUAGUGUUGAAUGGUUCAAGUAGGAUUGGCCUUAUUGUGAGUGCAGUUUCAUAUUGUGCCAUUGACACUUGUUACUCAAUGCUAGCUGUCAGGAUCUUUGUCACAGCAACAGUGAAAGAUAAAGUUGACAAUCGGCACUGCCAAUUUCUAAAUGAAGUAUCAACUCCGUCCAUCCGGGGCACACUUUUGAGAAAAUCAAACACACUCUGUGCCUAAAUCUAAGUUUAACAUUGGAGAAUGUUUCAACAUUACAAGUACUGUAUGUGCUGUUUUUGGUAUGAACAUCACAUUCACUGAAUGAAGAGUUAAUUUAAAUGACUAGGUCCUUAUGUUUUGUAAUUUAUCUCUUAAAGAUGUUGACUUAGUUAUUUAAGUUAGGGUUCAUUUGUAAAAUGAACACCCAUUGUUUUCCUCAGUCUAAAAUGGUAUGUCUUGAGCUAUUGUCCCUAGUAACCCAAGGAAGCACUUGUAUUUCUCAGAUAUUGUUUUAUGUCAUGUUUUACUUGAGUGAAAUUAGGAAAUUAUUUUAUCAGGUUAGCGUGUACACUGAAAAUGUGAUGUUAUUUGGGAGUGACUAUAAUACUUAAAUAGUAACCAAUUAUAUUUAUUAUAGAAAAUAUAUUUUUUUCUCUGACAAUCUAAAACAAUUGCACACAUUUGGCAACUGGGGCACAUUCAAUGGUUUGCCAUUUAUGAAAGAAAUGCUGUUAAAUAUGGGAGGCAAAAAGGUAACUCCCAUGAUGUCACUAGUUAUUACCAAUUUAUAACCAUUACAAUUUUCAGUCUUAUUUCAUAGUACUGUCAGUCUCUUGAUAAGACAUGAUUAUUUGCAGGGAUGCCAGUAUGUUGAAUGGGCCACUAAAAUGAAGGCAUUUACAAUGUGAUGACUUCUGUAUCCACAUUUUAAUGACCACCUUGCAGAUUCAUUUGGAGAUGGUAGGCUUAUUCUGCUAAUGCAUUAUUUUAUUUUUCAAGAAGGUCGUUUGGAAAAGAGUUUGUACUUUGUAUUUUAUUGUAAUUUUCCAAGUAAAAAUGAUUUCAUAAAGGA